AUGAUGGUCUUUGCUCUCGCUUGGCAGCUUGCGUGCCUCUUUGCAUCCUUUUCUACACUCACAUUUACCCACCCAAUCUCCGGACAAGCAUGGACAGACGCAUGGGACGUUGUCGUAAUCGGUGGGGGACCAGCAGGUCUCAGUGCCACAAGCGGACUUGCCAGAGUGCGCCGAAACGUCCUGAUGCUUGACUCUGGCGAAUACCGGAAUGGGCAAACUCGGCAUAUGCACGAUGUGAUCGGCAACGACGGCACUGUACCAGCAGCUUUCCGCGCACUCGCCCGUCAGCAGAUCUUGCGCUACCCCACUGUCCAAAUGGCGAACGCCACAGUCACGAACAUCACUGGAAACGCAAGUACGAAGUUCACGAUCCAGACGAGCGACGGGAAUGUCUUCACCGCCAGCAAGGUCGUGAUCGCCACAGGAAUCAAAGACGUCAUGCCAUCCACACCAGGCAUCGCUGAGAAUUGGGGCAAAGGCAUCUACUGGUGCCCAUGGUGCGAUGGCUAUGAGCAUCGAGACCAGCCCUACGGCAUCAUCGGAUCGUAUGCAGACGUGCUCGAUUCUGUCUUCGAGGUCCACACCCUUGAAUCGGACAUCAUCGCCUUCGUCAACGGCACCCAGACAGCAGAAACCAUUGCCAAAGUGAACAGCAAUCCUCCAGCCGGCUACGGAGACUGGGAGAAGAAGCUGCAGAAGUAUGGCAUUAAGAUCGAAAAUCGCACCAUGGCAUCAGUCACACGUCUACAAGAUGGCAGUGUCGUCCAGUCUGCCGACGGAAUGACCGAGUACGACAAGUUUCUUGUGACAUUCACAGACGGCAGCACUAUCGAGCGCGGGGCAUUCAUCGCCAACUUCCCAAGUGUGCAACGCUCAGGUCUCGGCGCAAGUCUGGGGAUACCAUACAAUGCGAAACAGCAUCUAAAGACUGAUGGUCAGAUGGAGUCAGUCGUACCUGGAGUCUUCGUCGUGGGCGAUGCCAACGCUGACAACUCGACGAAUGUGCCACACGCGAUGUGGAGCGGGAAGCGUGCAGCUGUGCAGAUUCACAACGCGCUGGAGCAGGAACGGUCGGAUGAUUUGAUUAAGAAGAGGAGUAGAUUGUCAGAGGAGGAGGUCGAUCGUAUUAUGGGUCGGGAUCUGCUGGAUAUUUACAGCAGCGAACAUACGCGAAUCAUAGAGCACAUCAUUGUCGUUACAUUUGCUCACGCUAUUCUGGAGGCUGCUGUCUUGAUCAUGUCGUUCCAGCGCAUGGAUGAGCUUGAGGCGGCUCACAAUGGUCCGCGAGUCCGCGGCGCUGGCAUACGGCCGGUCUGA